AUGACAAACUCCAUCGACAACGACUCUAUCAAGAUGGCACUGAAGGACUCAGACUACGGAUUAGUCCUCAGAAUGACGGAAAAUAGCGCGUUCAACGAAGCUGCUAUCCUGACCCCCGCGUACUCCCAAGCGAUCGAUGAAAUCCUUGGUGAACAAGACGCCAGAACUGCAGCGUGUACCUCCCUCACCGUCUGCAUUAUACGAACCACGAAGCUGCUAGAAGACGUAGCCAAUCGUGUUGACCUUGAUGAAGCAACUCGGAAACUUGCUAUACUUCAUCUGCAACGGCGGUCAUGGGAACUUUAAAUCAUGACUGUCCCCAGUCAUCUACCUAUGCAAACCAAAGCUAAGCUAAACUUAAGAGAACUAACCUGGGG